GCGAAUGAAACAAAGCACCGUUUUAGCUCCGGUCAUUGAUCUAAAGCGAGGAGGAACCAGUGAUGAGCGACAGAACAUUGAUACCCCUCCUCAUAUAGCAGCUGGACUCAAGGAUGCAGCACCCAGUGGUUUCUCCUCCAGCGAUGUGCUCAUCCCGUUGGCCGACGAGUACGACCCCAUGUUCCCCAACGACUACGAGAAGGUGAUGAAACGUCACAGAGAGGAACAGCAGCGCAAGAGGGAGCAAGAGCGUCAGAAGGAGAUCGAAGAGAGAGAGAAGAGGAGGAAAGAAAGACAUGAAGGUGGUGGAGGAGCUCCGAGUGGCUUCUCUCGUUUCCCAGCUACAGAGGAAGACUCAGAGGAGGAGGAAGAAUAUGAGAAAGAGUGGAGGAAACGAAGUAUGGGUGGAGCAGCCAUCGCCCCUCCUUCAUCACUUGUAGACAAAGACGGUUCUUCGUAUACUUAUGAAGAUGAAGGUCGUCCUGCCAGAGGCUCCAAGGCAGCCAUUCCUCCACCCAUGUAUGAAGACUCCGAUCGGCCCCGUUCGCCUCCUUUACCAAGUAGCUCCUUCCUGGCAAACAUGGGAGGUACGGUGGCCCAUAAGAUCAUGCAGAAGUACGGCUUCAAAGAAGGUCAGGGUCUGGGGAAGCACGAGCAAGGCCUGAGCACGGCCCUGUCUGUGGAGAAGACCAGCAAAAGGGGCGGGAAGAUCAUUGUGGGCGACGCUGCAGAAAAACCGGGGUCCAGCCAGUCAGCUGGUGCUGAGAUUCCAGGAGGAGGCUUUGCAGGUUGGUUUCCUUUUACCUUACUCACUGUUUGUUUGUGUGUUUUACCCUCACAUUCUGUUACACCAGUUAAUGCAGAGCUAAACAACAUGGUGGGUCGGGGAGAAGUGGACGAAGACUUGGAGGGAGAGACAAAAGAAGAGUGUGAAAAAUAUGGCAAAGUUGUUAAAUGUGUCAUUUUUGAGAUCGCAGAAGUGCUAGAUGAUGAAGCCGUCAGGAUAUUUCUGGAGUUUGAGCGGGUCGAGUCGGCCAUCAAAGCUGUUGUGGAUCUAAAUGGACGUUAUUUUGGAGGACGAGUCGUCAAGGCCUGCUUCUACAAUCUAGACAAGUUUCGGGUUUUGGAUCUUGGUGAGCAGGUCUGAUGUUUCCCUAAGAACAUCGGCUUGUGCUGUCCUCAGCUUCUCAUGUGUACAAAAUUGUCUGUUUCUAUAUUUUCCAAACAUUAGUGUCUGUUGAGUUUUUUUUGUUAAAUACCUCCAUGUUGAGAGAAAAUAAAAGGUGUAAGUUGUA